AAAUUUAUUCCAUGUUCGUAUGAUAUAAAUAAAAUAUACUGGAUUAAUUAUCAAUGGUGAGAGAAUGUAUCAGUAUACACGUAGGUCAAGCGGGUGUACAACUUGGAAGCACAUGUUGGGAAUUAUACUGUCUUGAACAUGGUAUAAAGGAAGAUGGAAAUUUAAGAAAAGGAAAUUGUACUUUUGAUGAAGACUAUGGCGCUAGUGUCUUUUUCAAAGAAUCCUCUUUAGGAAAGUUUACUCCACGAUGUAUUGCUGUUGAUUUAGAAGAAAGUGUCAUAGAUGAAAUACGUAAAGGAUGCUACAGAAAUCUUUUCGAUAGAGACAAUUUAAUAAGUGGAAAGGAAGAUGCUGCCAAUAAUUAUGCUCGUGGACACUAUUCCAUUGGUAAAGAAAUGAUUCAUCAUGUUAUGGAUCGAAUUCGACGAUGUGCUGAUGAAUGUUCUUCAUUACAAGGUUUUAUGAUCUAUCACUCUUUUGGAGGUGGAACUGGGUCAGGUUUUACAUCACUUCUUAUGGAACAAAUAUGUGCAGAUUAUGCGAAGAAAUCUAAAUUAGAAUUCGUCAUCUAUCCAGCUCCUGAAACUUCCACUUCCGUUGUGGAACCAUACAAUUCCGUUUUAAACACCCAUACUACAUUAGAACUUUCUGACUGUACAUUCAUGUUUGAUAAUGAAGCAUUGUAUGAUAUUUGCUGUAAACGUUUAAAUUUACAAGCUCCAACGUACCUAAAUAUUAACAGGCUAAUAAGCCAGGCUGUUAGCUCAGUUACUGUGGCAAUUAGAUUUGAAGGGUGCUUAAACGUAGAUUUAAUGGAAUUUCAAACAAAUCUUGUACCAUAUCCCAGGAUCCACUUCCCACUUAUCAGUUAUGCACCAUUUAUUGCUCCAGAAAGAUCUCAUGAUUAUCGUUUAACACCGAUGGAACUAACAAAAUCAGUUUUUCAAAAAAAUAAUCAAAUGGUUAAAUGUGAUCCACGACAUGGGAAAUAUAUGGCUUGCUGUCUACUCUAUCGAGGUGACAUUUUCCCUACUGACGUCAAGAAUGCAAUAAGUUCUAUUAAGUCUAUCAGAUCAAUAAAUUUUGUGGAUUGGUGUCCUACUGGAUUCAAAGUUGGCAUUAAUAAACAAUCACCUACCAAUGUACCUGGUGGUGAUUUAGGCAAAGUGACUCGAGCUGUAUGUAUGAUGAGCAAUACAACAGCUAUAGCUGAAUCAUGGUGUCGAAUAGAUCAUAAAUAUGAUUUAUUAUUUUCAAAACGCGCCUUCCUUCACUGGUACAUUGCUGAAGGUAUGGAAGAAACUGAAUUUAUUGAAGCUAGAGAAAAUCUUGCUGCACUUGAAAAAGAUUAUGAAGAAGUCGGUUUUGAUAGUGUUGGGAAAUUUCUUGUAAAAGAUCCAGAUAAUUAAUACAGUAUUUAUAUUCAUUAAAAAAAAAAUUCAUCUGAAUGUAUGUAAAUACCUUUUUUAUCAAAAGUAAAUGUAAACUCUUCAAGCUGAUGACUGUUUUUAUUUAUCUAAUACGAGUGAUCGUAAUUAGAGACAGUCCAGCUUUUGUGACAUUUAUUCAUAUUUUACACAAUACGGCAUCUUAGUUAUGCCGUAGUUUGUUCAUAAAAAAAAGGGAAAAAGAUUAAAAAUGUAAAGAAAAAUGUAACAUAGAUGACUUAAGACCAUUUCUUAUUACGCACAUUUUGUUCGUAAUAAAAACAAU